AUAAUAAAUUGUUGUAUUUGGAUAUCAGUAUAAAUUUAUAAGGGUUGCUAAACGGUUGUAUUUGAUUUGAAAGCGUAGCUUAAGUUUAUAUUAAAAGUGUUAAAAUGCCUUCUCAAAGCUUGCAGUUAAUAUGUGAUGGUGAAGUGGAAAUUAUAAAAAUAACCGAGGAUUUGUAUGAGGAGGCUAUAGAGUUAUUCCGAAAUUACUUUAUGAAAUAUGAAAAUGUCAGCAUAGCCUGUAAUCUAUGUGAAAAACCAGAAACUAUUGCUGAAAUGCGAGUUCUUCUAAAAGCCAUACUAAAGGACUCAAUAUCAUUCGCAGCACGAGAUGUUAAAACUCAAGAACUGGUGGCCCUAUGCAUAAAUAAACUUGUGAAUCCCUCUGCUCAAAUAACUUUAGAUGAAGUCUUUGGUUCCUUUAAAACUCCCAAUAUGCAAACAGUAGGCAAUUAUCUACGCAUUCUUGAGGGCACUUAUGACAUUUUCAAGGAGUGGCAAAUCGAUUGUGUUAUAGAGUUAAGUUUCCUUUCCACCCGUACCGAGUAUGCUAAACGUGGUAUUGCUCUGUCAUUGGCUAAAUAUCUGCUGGAAUAUGCUGCCAAACUUAAAGCAAACGAUUGUGAAGAGGCUCAACAUUUACCCCCACAUUUGAGGGGACAAAAACCGAAAGCUAUUAUUUCAGUAUUUACCUCACGUUACUCACAAGCUGUGGGUGAGAAAUUGGGUUUUGAAACUUUAUUUAAAGAGGAAAAUUCGAAAUUUAUGUUUGAGGGUAAAACAUUUGCGGAAAAAAUUGAUCCUGUACAUAAGUAUUCCGUAUUUGCGGCAAAGAAAUUGUGAUUUUUUGAUAUAUAAAUAAAGCUUUUUUAGAUUU